AAAACAAAGAUGUCAUUACUUAUCGAGCGCAGGAACUCUAAUAAACACAAUUGUUUAACCAAUCGGGGCAAAAGAUAUGACUGUCUUUUCACUAUCUGCCCCAAAUGAGUGAAUAUUUAUACUAUUUAUUGUCUCACGAGUUUCGUCGCGCGUUAGCGGUUAGUCUGAUAAAAGAUACGGCAGCAGUAUCAGUCGCUCUGCCGAGUAUAGUACACCUCCGCGCCUUGGUAACUCCAAGAGUAUGGACUAAUUGAAUCAAUUGAACGAGUCCCUCCGCCUGUGCUGAUUGCGCUCGGGCCUGCGAGCGCGCCUUCCAGUGUUGUGCUCAAUGUGAUAUUUUGUGCCGUUAAACAGUGCUUUGGAAUUAGUGUCUCGAAAGAGUGAGGAGUUAAUAAUGCACAGAACAACCCGCACUUUUCUGACGUUGGCUGCCUUGUUGCACUUCGAGGCAAUAGCGACGGACACCAGCGUAGAGAUACGGGAGCUGAACGGGCUGGUGCAGCCGAAGCGAUGUUCUUACGAGUACGCACACGGCUACUAUGGAGCCUCCUGUACCAACUUGGAGCUGGACAGUGUACCCAACCUUAAAAGAAGCAUAGAGGUCAUUGACUUCAGAGGAAACAGAAUAGGGCUACUAAAAAAGGAAACAUUCGCCGAGUACACAGGACUAAUAUUGCUUUACCUCCCCGAUAACUACAUGUUUGGCAUCGAAGAAAAUGCUCUUUCCACGUUAACUUCCUUAGUGAGCCUGGAUUUAUCAGGCAACAGAAUCCAAACACUACCAAACUCUAUUUUCCAACUACCCUCGUUAAAAAAAUUACAGUUGAAUGGUAAUCCAUUGAUGCAAAUGGAUGGACAAUUUAAUGCUCUCUCGAGGCCAAUAAAGGCACCUUUACAAUACCUAGACAUGUCCGGCUGUUCGCUGUCAAAAAUAUGGAACUGGGGUAUCGUACCACAACUAACUUUCUACAAUAUUUCACACAACCCUCUGGUAGACCUGGAGAUGUCUCACUUCGUGGAUAUGUGUAAAUUAAUGAAGGUUGAUUUGACGAAGUCUGUUGACAAAGUAAGACUGUGUGACCUGAAACCGACAAUCGCGUGGCUGAAACGGAAACGUGUAGACUACUUGCUUUUGGACGACUCGCAUGUGAGACUAGCGUCUUUAGAGUUCGCCUCGUGUCCAGAGAGCCCACCUUCGAAUGAUCUCAACCAUACACACAACUUGUGUCUGGCAGCUUACAGAGAGCCAACCCCCGAGUCCCGGCCAGCCCGACGCACGUGGGCAAAGCUAUGCGGCGGCCUUGCUGGCUUCCUGGUGGGCUUCAUGCUACUCCUGUACGUGUUCCACCGCUACAACGUGGCUAAGACCAAGCGGGCCAGCGAGAAGAAGCCCCUGCCCAAACAGGGCGAUAAGCGCGCGUCUGAGCUGCUUUUAAAUGAUGCGUCGUCCGCCUAGUUGAUGCCCUCCACAGUCUCGCCAGUCAUGGCAGUAGAAUGUAACUAAGAAUAUGAAUUCAUCUCUUAAGAAGAUAGUGGACGAACGCUUCACCAUACAAACGUAGUCCCCAUUUUCCUCGCUAGAUAUUGACUUUAUGGAAUUUUCACACAAUUUAUUAUAUAUUAACUAUACCUAUAUUUUUGAUGAUUAUAAGUUUUAUGAGUGAUAAAACUAUUCAAUGGAAAUCUUUAACCCUUUGAACGCUUUAUGUUUAUAUGACCAAAAACGUCACUUAACUUAAAGUGUUAAAAUUUACAAGCGAGUUAAUGCAAAACCUUACUUAAAAGUGUGAAGGUUACUUUCACAGCGUAUACGCCAUGGAUCACCCAUUGGUUUCUUCAAGGGUCCGGUUCUUAAAAAAACUGACCAUUGCGGUCCAUUUCUACUUGACUUUAUUAAAUAAAUAAAAAAAUUAGUUUGGCGGUCCGCGGUCCCCCAUUUGGUGACCCCUGACAUACGCCAACAUAACACCUAGUUGUCCAUGGCGCGGUGGAUACGACUAUUAGUAACGACGCUUUUUGGUGUUCAAAAAGUUAAAAGCUCCUUACUCUUAUAUUAAUACCUAAUUACACAACUGAAAACAAUUAAACGAAAGGGCAUAGCUGUGGUUAUAUACAUCAAAUUGCGUAAAAAUAUUUUCUAUAAGUAAUAUUAAUAUCCAAAGAGGAAAUGGGGACAACGUUUGUAUGGAGGAUCGACGUGACUUCGCCCCCUCUCGUCUUUUAACAAAAGCGCGCCUGCUGUUCAGAUUAUAGCAUUGUUUACAGUAAAGGUUAAUAAUCACAAGAUAUGACGUUGGAAUGGUACCUAGUGCUGCAUCUACGAAUGAAUACUGGGAAUAUUUUUAUAUUGAUAAUGUUAUAAAUGAUUAGGUCUCUAUAUUGAUUGUGCAAGAGUAAUGUUUAUAUGUAUUAAGUACACUAGGUGGCGCUUAAAGCGUAAAGAUUUAAGCAAAUUUGAAUUUUGAAAGUAAAUCGUCGAAUUUGUUUAAAUCUAAUACUUAUAAAUUAAUAUUGUUUCGACUAUUCUGUUAAAGCCUAAUAUUAAUAUGUCGUUUCUUAAAGUACCAAAUGCCAAAUUACAAAUUGAUUCAAGAGAAUGCUUUAGUUUUAGGUAAGUGCCACUGUCAUUAAUUAAUAAUAAUCAUUCCGUUACUAUUCAUAAUUUAAAUUUAACGGCCUAAUGUAGAAGGCUUUAAAAGUCUGAUUAGAGUAACAAGCAUUUAAUAAAAGCAACAAACAUAAAACAAUACAUAAAUGUAUUACACAUUUCGAACUUAUUACUCGUUUAUAGUAUGCAUUUUAAGGUUAUUAAUUCUAUGGCGAUGACAGCUGUCACCGUCCCCAAGCUAUAAAUACAAAUGCGAAAAGUGAGAAUUAAAACACGAGGGUUAUUCCCACUAGUUACCACCAAGUUGUUACCAGUGGUAACUACUGGGAAUUUUUUCCCCACCUUUUACCAGUGGUAACCACCAAAUUGAGUUGGUGGUAACUAGUGGUUUUUUUUUCACCAAAAUUUGCCUUAAUUAAUUAAGUCGAAUUAAUUAUAAGUUAAUUCGUUAUUAGUUUAAUUAUAAGUCGAUUACUGUUUCAGUAAACUGCCUUAAAAGUGAUCAAGAAUAGUGGAUCUUUGACUGAUUUGUUUGUUCGUUCGUAUAGUUGUGACGUUAUUUAUUGAAACGGACCUGAUUGUCGAUGGCGCUUACGCCAUUAUCAGCGAUGCUCCUAUAUAAAUACAACGCUGCGCAUUUCAUAGAUAACGUCACAACUAAUUAAAUUUACAAUUAAUAAGAUAAAUUUCAACCAAACGUUAAUUUCUCUUUAUCUUUUAACUUUAUCUUAUGCACUUGCACCAGUUUUAAAAAAUUUGAUCACUUUUAAAGCAGUUAACUGAAACACUACCUAUAAUCGACUUAUAACUAUUUACUAAAGCACUCUUUAUUUGUACUUUACUAUUUCUACUGUUUUUAUUAGUAUUGAACUCUAACAAAAUUUUGGUGGUAACUACUGGGAAGAAAAAUCCCAGUAUUUACCACCAAACCGAGUUGGUGGUAACUAGUGGGAUUUUUUUCCCGUAGUUGCCAGUGGUAAAAGGUGAAAAAAAAAACCAGUAAUUACCACUGGUAACAACUUGGUGGUUACUAGUGGGAAUAACUCAUACAGUACCGAACGUAGUGUCGACACGUAAUGCAAAUUUCCUUUUCGUACAUUUAUUGUACAACGUUUUACAGUAAUUGGGAGAAUCAACUUUUUAGCGUCACUCGUUGCCAUGGUUACGAUUAGUUGUCCAGGGGACAAAAGUUCAUUGAAAUACUGAUUUUAUGGUACUUAAAUGUAUUAAACUUGCGUUUUUGUGGUCGUUAUAACCAAUGUCCAUAAUGGGCGCUCUACUAAGCAUGUCAAUAGAACGGCAUACAACGUCUCUUCAAACAAACUGUGCCACUGUUGUCCCUUGGACAACGGGACAGGAUAACAAAACAAAAAAGUUGAUUCACCCAAUUACAGCCCUUUGGCCCUUUAAAUUUUCGACAUACGCAAGUACGCACCGCACUAGGGCGGUAAAUUAGCACCAUAUGUACUGUAAAAAAAAAUACUUUAGUACCUAUGUGAAUGUUAAAAAAAGGUUAAGGGUGAUCAUUUAAGAUGAUAAGUUUGAUGAUAAUAAGUUAAGGGUGAUGAUUGAACAAGAUGAAAAGAACACAUUAGCGCCACCAUCUAGGAGGCGAGGCUUAUACUAGAAUUAACAUGAACGUAUUUAAUCAGUCAGUGUUAUAACACGUUUUUACAGUACAUAUGGGGCUACUUUAUAGCACUAGUGCGAGAAGUAGCAUAUUACGUUACUGUGUCGAACAUUUAAAGGGCCAUAUGUACUGUAAAACGUUGUACGAUACAUGUGCGAAUAGGUAAUUCGCAACUCGUGUCGAUUUAAAACACUCCCUUCGGUCGUGUUUUAAUUUAUCGCCACUCGUUUCGAAUUUCCUAUUUUUCGCACUUGUAUCGUAAUGUACUAUUACGGUGGGGGUCUAACACAUCAAAUAAUGUUUGUGUCUUUUUGGACAAAGUUUGCAAAGGCGGGUAGAUAUAUAAUAUAACCGUAGUUUUUCAUUUAGUUCAGUCUUGUUAGAAGACGUUAUGCCAAAGAUGUUUUGUAGCAUAAUACCUGUUAUACAUAUAAAUAAUAUUUUAUGAAAAUUUGUACAAACUAACGUAACGUGUUCCAAUCUAAAGGGACAGGUGAUUUUUUUGUGUAAAUGCUUUAUGUAGUCUUCCUAUAUUAGAUUAUAUAUUUAGGCAAAUAACUGUACCUACGCUUUUAACUUUGCUACGAACAUAGUGGAGACCUAAGAAAAAGUCCAGUAAGAACACUUUAUUAACUUCUAAUGUUUUUGUCACUUUGCAAUGAUAGAUAUAUUUUAACACUGUGAUACAGUUACUUAUUUUAAUAAAAAAAACUGUAUUUA